CUUUGGAGUCGUAUAGUUAUUACAAAACAGCUCUAGUUCUCCCUAAUAAAACUUUUUUCAAAACAAAUAUAAAUAUCUUUAAUAUACAGUAUUAGUGAAAAAAAAAAAAAAAAAGCCAUUUUCAUCACCAUCGUCUUCUCCAUUAUCUCUCUCUACCAAAUCUGGCAGAGCAAAAUAACCAAAAAAAAAAAACAAAAUCGAAGGAAGAAAUCUUAAAAGGUUUUUUGAAUGGAUAAGAGCUGUAACUCUUCCGGCGAUUCCUCCGCCGUAUCCGCCUCCACUACGAGUAGUACCGGUAACAACAGUACGAACAGAGAUCAUUACCUGAGACAACUCAAUAAGCUUUCUCAUAAGAUAUCAAAACCGACAACAAACUCAUCCUCCUCCGCACCCGCCGUGAAUCGUGAAAUUGAUCAUCAACCUCCUCCACCGCUUCCUCCUCCGCCGCCGAUUAAUCAAGGGAAUCUCCACCAGCACCAGCCUCCUGUUUACAAUAUCAACAAGAACGAUUUCAGAGAUGUUGUUCAGAAACUCACAGGCUCACCUGCACAUGAACGGAUCUCUGCUCCGCCGCAACAACCCAUUCAUCACCCUAAGCCUCACCAGAGUUCCCGUCUUCACAGGAUCCGUCCUCCUCCUCUUGCUCAAGUUAUCAAUCGUCCUCCUGGUUCGCUUAACGACGCUCUUAUCCCUCUUCACAUGAAUCAAAACUGGACCGGCGGUGGGUUUAACCUUCGACCGACGGCGCCGCUUUCUCCUCUCCCGCCUCUUCCUCCCGUUCACGCGGCGGCGGAAUCUCCUGUCUCUUCGUACAUGCGUUACCUUCAGAACUCCAUGUUCGCCAUCGAUUCCAAUCGGAAAGACUUCUCUGGGUUAUCUCCGUUAGCUCCUUUGGUCUCACCUCGUUGGUACCAACAACAACAGCAGGAAAACGCUCCGCCGUCUCAAAACAGUCUCCCGCCACCACGUGCUCCUCCUCCUUCCGCCGCUUCUGGAACAGUCUCACAGACGGCGCCGACAUCGAUUCCUGCGCCUCCACCGUUCGGGUGUUUGAAUUCGCCUAAAUCUCCAUACGGAUUACUCUCACCGAGCGUACUUCUAUCGCCGACGUCAGGUCAAUUAGGGUUCCCGGUGUCUCCGACGACGGUGCCGCUUCCUAGUCCUAAAUACAAAGGUCGCUGAUCAGAAAAACGUCGGAAACUCUCUUGUCGGUCAACUUGACAAACGUCGUCGUUUUGACCGUCACGACAAAAUUCCCUUUGUUCUUUUUGUACAUCAUUAGUGGAGUGGUGAAUCAUUUGUUAUUUCUUUUUAAAAAUUAACUCCAAAUUACUUUAAAUCUGUUUUUUUUUUUUUUUUUAACUUUCUUUUGUUCCAUGUUUGUUCAUGUUGGAAACAAAGAGUAGGAAAAAGAAAGGUAAUACACAUUUGCAACUCGAUAUUGAAAAUUCUCUUAUAAGUUUGCCA